AUGGGUGCCGAAGCUUCCAAAGAUGGAAAAGAGCCUAAGUAUGAGAACAUUACGCCUGAAGCUCUGUCGAAGCUGAAGAUGAAACUAUCGUCUCGUGGAAUAUCCUCGGAAUUCCCAAACAAGGAGUCUCUGAUGGAUUUCUACUCUGCUGAAAGAAAAUCGGGAAUACUUUCUGAUAUAUUUCUUAGAUUCCAACAUAAUGGAAAACUCAAAGUGACCACAUUGAUAGGUGUCAUUGACAAACUACUGGGCAAUGUGUCCGAUCAAUCUGAAGCUUUACUUUCUAUUUAUAUCAAACCUGCGAAAGCUGUCAAAGAGAUCGUUUCCCUAUUCGGUUCUUCGAAACUUAUUUCCCCUGAUGAUCUAGAACCUUUCCUCCAAUUCUUCCUCAGUACUCUUUCCGAUGAUGGUGCUCAGUUCUCCAAAUGGAUGAUGAACACACCGAUUUUCUCUAAGCUGAUUAUCGAGGAAGUAUUCCCACUUACCUUUAGACAAAGCCCCAAGGGAUUUAUUCCUUUUUUGAAUGGCAGUCGAAUGAUUAUGGCCCCUACUCCGGCAUUGGCAGUCUUGAACUCUUUCAUGCCCAUGGACCGACGGGAAAAAUGGCAUUUACUCUUUGACAGUGUUGUUCAUGGCAGCAGCUUCUCUCAAUUGUUCUCUCGUGUAAACGGCGAAGGGCCUUGUAUCAUAUUGGUCGAGUCUACGAAAGGAGCCAUAUUUGGUUGUUUCGCAAGUGAAGGACUGGUUUCCGGACCGCAGUAUCGAGGAGAUGAACGAUGUUUCCUUUUCGAAAUCAAACCGAAUUUACGAGUUCAUAUGGCUACAGGACGAUCAACAAACUAUGGCUAUCUGAACGUGCAACAAAGUACGCUACCCAAUGGAUUGGGUAUGGGGGGUUAUGAAACCACAUGGCCAUUCUUCAUGCAUGAGGAGUUUGGAUCCGGCAUUUGUAUUGCCAAUAUGACAUCGUUCGAAAAGUGCGAAGUCGCUGGAGAAUCUGAAUUCCAAAUAAAAAGCGUUGAAGCUUGGCGUAUCGGUGAAAAGCCGAAAUUGAGUGAAGAAGAAGAAGAGCGAAUUCGAACGGAGAAGUCCAUCAUUGACAAGGACCCUGAAGCGAAAGCUUUGUUGGAAAUGAGCGGACACAAAAUGCAUUCCGAGGCUUAUAGAGAACCUCAACCUAUAUUAGAUGAAGACGAGGAAUAA